AUGGCUGCCUCCGACCAAAGCGUCUGUUUAUCAAAUCCGAAUUUUGCCGUUAUUUGCUCAUUUCUCGACAAAUAUGGAGAAAUUCUUGGCUUACCAGCAGUGCCGUACAAGGAAUUACACGAAUGGAUCGAAGAUUCAACCAAAGUUCAUCCCACACUUAUUGAGCUGCAUGUGAAACUGUUAAGAAGAAUUAGCAAAAAGUACAGCAGUGUCACGGCUGACAGAUGGCUUAGAACUGUAGUAAAGUUUUGCUGGCGUUACAGCGAUGUGGAUGCCUGGGAGAUAGAGAGAUAUGGCUAUAAGCUGGCCAAAGUCUCCACCAAACUAACCCUUCUUAAGAACCUCUUGGAAGAGCAGUUUGAUUGUAACAACAAGUUUAAGGACAAGGUGAAUGAACAGACGGCCCAAGAGAUGAGGUUCUUGCCCAUUGGACGAGACAAAAACGGCAUGGCUUACUGGUUCUUCCUGGACAAGGAGUUGAAUCUGCGUGUGUACCGGGAGGACCAGGAUGAUGUUGAUGCAGAGUCCUGGCAAAUUGUCUGCAGGACAAGAGAGGAGCUAGCUAAGCUGGUCUCAAGUCUAGAGAGUGGAACAGAUAUUAAACCAGAGAUGUCUGAUCUAUCAGAUGGGUCAAAGUCGGAGCCAGUCAGUGACACAGGGGAGGAUUCCCGAGACUCAUUCAGACAGCGCACCCCCCAUGGCCCCUCCCCUUUAGCAGGGCAACAGGAGGGUGGGGACUCUGAUACACAGGGUGAUGUUAAACCAAGCAUAACAUUGAAGAUUAGCAAAGGUGAAAUCCAGUCCCCAAGUAAACAAUUGCAGAAUAAAUUCAAGAAGGAGAAAGGUUCAGAGAUCAAAAAGAUUAUGUGUAAGUUAAAGACUGAUGAUGAAACCAAAGUCGAAGUGAAGGAGGAAGUCGAAUCAGAUAAGGAAGAAUCUGAAAAUGAGGCCAGUGAGACAAAACCAAAGAAAUGUGACCAAUUAACUGUUGAUGACAAUGUUGAAGAAAAAUUAAAUGUUAAUGGCAAGGUUGAAGACAAAUCAAAUGGUGAUAAAAAGGUUGAGGACAGAUUAACUGUCAAUGACAAUGUUGAAGAGGUUGAGGACAGAUUAAAUGAUGAUGACAAGGUUGAAGCUGAAUCAAAUGUUGUCAACAAAGUUAAAGAGAAAUUAAAUGCUGAUGACAAGGUUGAAGACAGAUUAAACGGUGACAAUAAGGUUGAAGACAGAUUAAAUGUUGACGACAAAGUUAAAGAGAAAUUAAAUGUUGAUGACAAGGUUGAAGACAAAAAAGAAUCUGAAAAACAUCCAAGUAAAACAGAAGAAUGUGAUAAAGACACUGUUGAUAUAUCACAUGAUCAGCAUUCACCUCAAGCUAAAGAACCAGACAAAGAAAUUAGGAAAGAAGAAAAAGUUGAUAGUAUUAAAGCUGAAAAGGAGUCUGAAACCAAUCGUGAAGACAAAGAGGUUGUUAUAAGUGACAAGAAAGAACCUAGUAAAGAAGAUGUGGAUGAUCUCAAGAAAAGUAAUGUUUCAUUAGAAGCUGAUUCUGUGUCUAUUGAGCAUUCCCCAAUGCAAGAUAAAAGUGUAACUGAAAGUAAAAGUGGUAAUGAUAAAACUGAUGUUAAUACAAGUGAUCUGAGAAAUGGACCCGCAGAAAUAGAUACAGAGGAUAGCAAUAAGGAUAAAUCAAGCGAAGAAUUAUUGUCCGAGUCAAAAAAGAUUAACUUUAAAGAUACAGAUAAACCCUCCAAUGAAAAUACCAGUAAUACCUCAAGUAACCGUAUUAAAGAAAGUAAAGACUCAAAUGCUGCUGAAGAAAGUAAAGACUUUUCACAAAUUCCUGCCAAAGAUACAGUUUCUAAAGAUGAGCCAGGUGAAUCUAGGCCUUCACUCACUGAGACAAAAGAAAGUGUUAUUGUGCCCAAAACAAUAGAUGAUAAAGAAACAAUAGAUGAUAAGGAAACAAUAGAUGAACAAGUGGAAACACUGAAAGAAGCUGAACUUGAUACAAAAGAUUCAAAGCCUGAUGGACAUUCAGAAACUCCAUCUCUAAAUGAGGAUAGAAGUAAUGAAUGUAUGGCUAAUGAUGGAAAAAUAUGUAGCGAAUCUGAAACUAAAAAUGAUGUUAAAGAUGAUAUUAAUGGCGAAAAUGUAGCAACAGUGGCAGAUGCAAUAAGUAAGAAAACCAGAAAACGAAAACAGGUUGACAAUGCUAAAGAAUGUGCUAGCAGUUCUUCCGACGAGGAAAGUAAGGCUGAGAAAGACAAUAGUGAAAAGAGAAAGAUAAUGAUUGCAGUUCGAAAAUCCCAUAAAUCAGAUAAUUGUGAAAGUGCAAAGAGUGGGCCUACUGAGGAACAUGUAAAUAAAGUUGAAGAAUUUCAAGAAAAAGACAAGUCUAAUGAGAUUGACAUUAAGCGUAAAAUUACUGAAGAAGAUGUUAAAUGUCUAGAUGAUGAAACAAAGCAAAUUGAUUCUGAAACGCCACCAAAAGAUGUAAAUGAAACAGAAUUGAAAGGAGAAAAGAAUGAAGAACACAAUAAGGUAACUGAAAGAAAUAAAAAGAGCGAUGUUGAGCAGAAAUCUGAUAAAGUUGUGGAUGAAAGUGAGUGUGAUACCAAAGUAGGUGCUGAGAUAUCUGAUGAUGAUAAUGAUGAUGAUGAUGAUGAUGAUGAUGACAGUGAAAGUAUAGUUAUUGAUAAUGAAGAAAGCAAGAAAGUGUCAUCGGAUACUGAGUCUGAGGAUUCUAAACCUUUGAAGAAAGUUACAGGAUUGCUUGCUCAUUCAAGACAGACAAAGAAAAGACAGGCUGAAGACAAUGUUGACAUAGAUAUCGUAGAGCCUGCUUCUAAGCGUUCCAAGCUGAGGGGGCGUGUCAGUUCAAGGGGGCGAGGCAAGCUGUCAUCAGCAGCACCCUCAGACACAUCUUCGUCCGACUCUGAUGAUAUGCCUCUCAGUCAGGUGGCUGUACGAGGCACCAGGGGCAGUAACCCAGCCCACAGGAAAACUUCAGUUGGACUCAAGAAGAAGAAUGGCUUACAACAGGAAGAAUCUCCAGCCAAAUCCAAGGACUCAUCAGAGGCAGGUCUGAGUGGAGAUGAGCAGGGUCGGCGACGAAGUCUGCGCGUGCGGACUUUACAAGCCCGUAAAAAGUCUCCAUCACCCGAGUAUGUUCCCAGUGAAUCUGAGAAUUACACGGAAGAUGAGCAUGAUGACGAUGAGUUCAUCUUGAAGUCGAGAUUGCGGAGAAAAAGGGAGCCAAAGGAAGAAGUUGAAGAAGUACCUAAGGGUAGAAAUGCUCUGAGAUUUGAGGCUAAAACAAAUAAAAAGGUUGGAAAGAAGGUAUCUGUGGUGGAGGAAGAGGAGGAUUUCCCCUGUUGCAAGUGCGGCCUUUGUCACCAGCCAGAGUGGAUCCUUCUUUGUGAUAAGUGUGAGGCUGGUUACCAUACAGCCUGCCUCCGACCCCCGCUUAUGGUUGUACCAGAAGGAGACUGGUUCUGUCCGCCUUGUGAACAUAACAUGUUGACAGAGAAGUUACAAGAGCAACUGAAGAUGCUGGAUCAGGCCAUUGUGAAGAAUGACAGACUUAUCAAGAGGAAGGAAAGGCUGGCCUUUGUCUCCGUAAGCCUGGACAAUGUCAUCAAAGAAUCUCUGUCACAGGCAGAAGAAAAACCUGAAGUUAUAGCGAGAAGCAAGCGACGAGCAUCACGAUCAAAAAGAGGUCCAAUUGCGUACAGUGAUGAGGACAGUGACAGUGAAACUAACUCUACCGAGGAGGAAUCAGGAAGCUCAUCUGAUUCUUCCUCACAGUCAGAGAUCUCUGUGGAGGACAGGCGGCAUAAACAAAAGAAACAUAAAGAAUCUAAAUUUGUGCAGAGGGCUUGCAGGUCAAAGAAGCAGGUUAGCUACAGGUUUGAAGAGUAUGAUGAGCUCAUUAUGGAUGCGAUAGAGGAGGAUCUCAGUAUUCCUAAAGAUCCGAAACCAAAGAAGGUCAAGCCUCCUGGAAUAAGUCGAGGUAAGGACAUGUCCAACAUUCUGGGGCAGUCAGACGAGGAACAGAAGACAAAUAAGGUCCCCAAGAAGAGGAAACCUCGCCUGACUGAGCUCGACGAUGUAGACGAUGAUGAUACUGAUGAUUACCAAGUAUCAGAGCCGUCCAAUGGUUCCGACUCAAAGUCUUCUGAGUAUGAGAGUGAGGGUGUUAGUGAGGAGAGUGUUGGUUCAGACUGGAGGUCAAGGUCAACCUACGCCUCAAGGUCAAAACGCAAGGGAAGGAAAGGCCGCUUCUCCAAGUAUAGGGGUGACUUUGUGGUUGACAGUGACUAUGACAGUGAAGAGAAGGGGACGAGAAGAUCGGUCCGUAGAGCAAGACGGAAGAAUGUGAGUUAUCGAGACGUUGACAGUGAUGAAACAGAGGUUGAAAAUAAAGAUGAUGACUCGUUCCACAGUUCAGAACUGUCUGACUCAGACUUUGAACAGAAGUGGAAACUUAGAAAGACAGACAAGAAGGUCCAGAAGAAAUCAAAAGAACAGGCAAAGUCUGGAAGAAGGCAGAAAAUCAGGAGGAGGAUUUCGUCAGAAGAAGAAGAAGAGGAGGCUGAAAGUACGGAUGAAACAGAAGAAGAUGAAGAAGGCAGUUCUCUACCAAAAGAGAAAAAGAAGGGAAAGAAACCCAGCAAAACUGCCAAGGCUGAUGACAGUGAAGACACAGAUCAAAGCUCUAACAAUAAAAGGAAGAAAGAAUUGAAGAAAUCCAAGGUUGAUUCAGAAACUGAGGAGGAAACAGGAGCAGAGACAACCGAAGAGUCAUCAGAAGAGUCUGGAGAUGAUGCAACUGAGGAUGAAAACCCUAAGAAGAAACCAGCAAUAUCAAAGAAGAACCCAGCUAAGAAAAAGGUCAUUGAAUCUGGAAGUGAUAGUGAAACUGAUGUUGAUGAUAACCAAGUUAAAGGUGACACUUGUAAGAAGGUUGAUCUUCAUACUAGUGAAACUAGUGAGCAUGAAUCAGAGCAUGAUGAUUCUGGUGAGUGGGAAGAAAUAGAUGUUCAUGAGGACAAAGAUAAUAAAGUAUUAAAGAAGGAAAUUGUUGAAGAAAAGGUUGAGCCUGUUGCUAAAGACAAAGCAACCAAAGGUAAGAGAAGUCAAGCUGGUGGUGAUAAUUAUAUUGAGGAACAAGAUGCAAAGAAGAAAAAGGUUGAUUCUGACCAAGGAAAUGAGCAAGACAUUAUGAAUGUCAAAGAAAAUGCAGAUACUGUGAAGGAUAUAGAAAAGCAUGUGGAAACUAAAGCCAUUGAACAAACAACUGAAGUAACACCUAAAAAGAAAAGGGGACGUAAACCGAAAGCUGCAAUUAGUGAGUCAGAAACAACAACUCCCGAAGUAACACCGAAGAAAAGAGGAAGGAAGCCUAAAGCAAAGCUUGAAAGUGAGGAAAAAGGUGAAGAAACACAAGAAGGAACACCAGUCAAGAAAAAGAAAGGUAGAAAAGCCAAGGCUGAGGCUGUUAAAAAUAUUGAAAAGAAUCAUGGUGGUGAUGAUGAGGAUGAUGAUACAACUACAAAAGGAGAAAACAAGGAAGGGGUAAAGGUAAAUGAGGAUGAAAGUAAUGAAAAAAAUGAAAAACAAGACAGUGAAGCAACACAAGCAGAAAAACAGAAAGAUGAUAGUCCGUUGUCUGUUCGGAAUAAACAUAAUGCACCAGUUGGAGUUGUGAAACCUGAAGUAAGACAAGGUGUUAUUGUUGAAAAUAAGCAAGUAUUGGAAGGCAGAAGUGGUGAGCAGCGGGCACCGCAAGAAAGUGUGAACCCACUGCAAGGAAUGAGAGAUAUGGCCAUGGGAAAUCAGGUUAUGUCAGGCCACCACCAGAGCAGCUUUACUCCAUACCCACAGUCUAGCCAUGGAAGUGGUAACAUGCCCCCUGGAUACAUGGGACAAUCGGGCUUCCAGGCCUAUCCCCAGGGUCCACCCCCUCAGUAUGGGCAUGGGGGACCUGGUCCAGCAGGACAUUACCAAGCCCACCCUGGCAUGCCUCAUGCAGCACCUCAAUCUGGCCACGGUCCACAGGGUUCAUUUCCUCCAAACCAGGGACCCAUGUCCCCUAACAGCUAUCAGCAGUCUGGUUCAUUCAUGGCUGGCAUGCAACAUGGUGCACCACCAGGCUAUUUUCCUCCAGGAUACAGGCCGAGUAUCUCAUCUCCUGAAAGAUUUAAUCAACCAAGUGGGCCCCAGGGACCCUACCAACAAGGACCCUACGCUGGUUUCCACCCACAACAGGGGCCCUAUCCCCAUGGUCCAAGGCCAGGUUAUGGCCCCGGGCCCCACCCAGGCCACUAUUCCAUGGGGCCCCAUACUCAAGUUCCAGACGCCUCCAUCAUGCCCCACCCAGGUAGUGGUCCUCCCGGGCACUACCAACAAGGGAUGCCUCCUUACAAUUAUACUUCUAUGGGCCCCUCUGGACCUUUCCAGCCCCAACAUGGGUUCCAGGGCCCAUCAAACCAGCCCCACAAUUCACAGCCAAUUGAAAGCCCGAAUAUGCCAGUGCGACCACCAAUGAGACACAUUGUACCUUCCUCAUCACAAUCUACUCCUAGCCCCAGCGCGAGGUCCGAGGGGUCCACAGAGGCCCCUAACAGAGGUUUUAUGAUGGACAAUAUCCUUAAACCUUCCCCAGAGGGUACAAGUGGUUCUAAUGAUGUGGAGGAAAGUGAAGACGUUUCAGACAUUGAUAGAUACACAUCAUUUUUGUGUAAGGACAAGUAAAUUAUACCUCAUUAUUGUCCAGUAGAAACUUUGAAGUGGACAGCAUCCUUUUAACCUUCUCCAGAGGGUACAAUUGGGUCUAGUGAUUUUAAGGAUAGCUAAGACGUUUCAAACAGUGAUGAAUACACAUCAAGUCAAAUAUUCCAAAUAUAGGCGUGUGUUGGACUCCCCUUAAACCUCUUCCCACGAGGGUACAAGUUGGCUUAAUGAUGUUUAGGAAAGACUUUGAAGACACGUGUGUAAGGGCAAAUCAAUUGAUUUUUUUCGAAGAGAAACAAAUUACUGUUGUGGUUGAGAAAUAUUAAUUUGUUAAUUUAAAAGUUAACCUCUCUUCAUUUUCUGUUUCUCAAUUAAAAAGCUCGAGAACGGGAGAUCAUAUAGUUACCCAUUCGUCCGUCUCGCUUCGUCUUUCCGCACGAGAAUAACUUUAAAAUCUACUGAUGGGUGUUAAAUGAAACUAAUAACAUUGACGGAGGGCAAUAUAUGUAAGUGCAGUGCGCAAGAACAUAACUCCUAGCUUCAAACACUGCUUAUAACCUUCACCUUCCACUUCUACAGUGUUCAUUAUUGAGGAAACUGCUUGUCCUAACCGAAACAGUAUUUAAGGGAUUUAAAUGAAACUUGGAAUUUCGGUAGAUAUCAAUGAGAGGGAGUUCCAUUAUUCACUUUAGCAUAUUUGUUGUACUUAUUUUUUGUCCGGAUUAUAACUCGAAACGUCUUUUCCUUCAACUUCAUGACCUUGACUUCGUUUUUUUCAGAGUUAAUGCUCUUUGUUUUUUUAAUACUUAAUUUCGUCCGAUGCGUAACUUCAGAAGUCUUUGAGGUAGGAAUCGAAACCUGAUACACAGAUAUAGGAAGUGUACAAGAAUCAUAACAAGUUUAGUAUUUCAUCAAUAUUCAUCAAUAAUUUCACUUAUAUGUUUAACUUGUAGAUAAAAAAGAGAAGUAUUUUUUUCCAAUUUGCACAUUUGUACAUUGUUGGGGGGCAUACAUAACUUCCAAUAACAGCCUUGUUUUAUUUGGGCAUGAUGUUGACAGAGUUGUUUAUUGCAACAACCAAUAUUAUUGAACCCCUUCUAAGUAAUGAAUCGCUUUUGUACGGCAUGUCUGAUUUAUAAUUGCCAAUUUUGUACAUAACGUUGUGGUUAAUAAUCUCAAUUUUUAUUGUUAGAUUUUUAUUUAAUAUUUCAUUUUUAUGUAUAUUUUUCUGCUUUUUUAGAGCCGAGCUCGUUUUUUUUGUAUCGACAUAUUCCAUUAUUGUUAUAUUAUAUGUAUCGUUCCGUCAUUCAAAUCAUGUUAAUUUUCACAAAGGCAUCCCGGAUACAAAUGGCCAGUGUUACGUUUUGAAAUUUAAACUCAUGUUCAUAGAUAAGAAGUACGUGUAUGCUCCUGAAUCCGUAUAUGAGUCACCAUAACUCGAGCACGCAUAAUGAAUUAAAGAAGUGGCAAAAUAUCUGAACUACCCAAACUGCACUUACCUUGGUAUCAUUUACACUCCGUUUGUCAUACUACGAUUCAGCUAACUAUUAAAACACGUUCACUGUGAGGUGUUAAGCAGCGCUAACAUGUAUUAGAAUCAAUGUUGUUACUGUAACGUUUAUGUAUAGCUACAACUCUAAAUUUUUAAGUAAAUCUUUUAAAUACAA